AUAGGAUAUGUACCGCAGAGAGAUGUACGCAUGCUCGACGUAAUUCGCUCCUUCCCUUCAGGAACUGCAUCGUGUAGGGACAAUGCCUUACGAGCGACACAGCGGCGGACAAAUGCAGCUAGCGUGGGCUCGCCAUCCUCUCGGUGCUUUUUGCACGUAAUCCGGAAUCAAAGUGGAAGGCGUCUAUACAUUUUACACAGAAAUGAGGGAAAAUGAUAGGGUUGCACUAUGUUUCUUAUUGAUACUUGCGCUAUGUACGAGAGUAUAUUCGGCGAACGCCAAACAUAUAAUUACCAAGAGAAAUUAUAGUGACCAAAGCGUAAGAGGCUAUCUAGCAGAGAGGACUUGUUGGUGGAAUGAAGUGUGCAAGGAAGAGUUUCACAGUAAGUUUCGGUGUCGUUGUCCGAGAUGGUCAUAUUGCCGUGCACCAGGCAGAUAUUACGACGCUCACUGCAGCAUGACACGCACAGGCUACAUAUGGACCCAACCAGAAACAUCGUUGAGCCUCGAAAUCGAUAAGUAAACGGACAUUACGGAAAGCCAAUCCUCAAAGAAAACAGAUGUGGCAAUACAAAGGAAAUCAAAUUUCUCUCCUUUAAAAUCAAAAUCGGCGAUUGUUAAAGUAUCCGCAGAUUGUUUAUUCAUCAGUUAAGAUAUAAUAUGAUUGUCCGAAACGUAAGUUUCUAUUAGCAACUUUUUUGAGAAGAAAAUGGAUUGCAUAAUGUUGAAGGGAUGAUGUUCGAAAGACUCGAAAACAAUAUAAUUUAUAUUAGCAUCAAUGAACACAGGCUGCCAAGAAUUUAUAAUUAUUGCGUUAUAUAUAAGCUCACGUGCUCAAGUUGUUAUUAAUAAAGUUCUCUAUUAAUAAAGUUUUGGUGAAAUAA